UAAUUGGAGUGCUAAAGAGGAUGUUGUUCUAUGCAACGCCUGGGUCACCAUAUCCGAAGAUGGUGCCAUUGGAAUAAAUCAACCGGGGGAGACUUUUUGGGGCCGAAUUCACGAGAUAUUUUCGGCACAAAGUCAUGUUCCUCGAACUCGAGAUUCAAUUGAGUCCCGUUUUAAGAUCAUCAAUAAUCAAUGUUCUCUAUGGAAAGGUUGUGUGCAGAAAGCAAACGCAACCCCGAGGAGUGGGUCGAACCUAGACGAUUUGAACUUUCAAAUCAAAGACAUUUUCAUAACAAUGACAAGACAUUCAAAUUUGAGCAUGCGUGGCGUGUCCUCCAAGUGUGUCCGAAGUGGUACCAACAAUACAAAGCUCCGGUAUCCUUCUCCCGGCCAAUAUCGUCUCCACAAUCGCACGAUUCGCCCACACUCGGAGGUAGUGCUAGCUCUCCCUCGGAUGGAGAGCCACUUCAACGUCCCGAAGGCCGGGACAAGCAAAAGGCCAAAAGAAGUGGAAAGGCAAAGGUGUCUAAGUUAGAUCCAAUGAUGACGCAAUGUUUACAAGAAAUGAUUGAGCAAGGCAGAGAGCAAGCUUCAAGAAGAGCUAAGCGUGAUGAGCUUCAACACAAAGCCGUAGAGUCGGAGAUUACGAGAAACCAGUAUGACUUACUAGCUGCGGACCUUUCAAAGUUUUCACCGAGGAAGCAAAGGUGGAUUAAGCAAAAACAAGAUGAAAUAAUGGGGUAUUCUCAAAAUUCCUCAAGUGAUGUUCCCGACACUCCUGCAGAAGAAGUGUAUCGUCCCCACUUUGAUUUCUAGUUAUUAUGUUUUGUUGUUUUUAUCUUGUAUUGUGUUGUAAGUUGAAUUUCACAUAUGUUUCACUUUUAAAUUCC